AUGCCUGUUAUGACAGCAUAUGCACAAACACAGCAGAAUCAUGAGAGAAGUCACCCCAGUAAUGAUGAAAAAACAUCAUUCUUGCUUGGAAUGAGUGUUUACUUUGGUUACUUAAUGGAACUUAAACCCAAACAAGACCGACGUAUACGUACGCACCGACCCAACCCUCCCAGCUACGCCGUAGCUGUCGACAUCACAGUCGACGAGGAGCCCGAGGUAGACAAGGAGAAUGGCACAGAGACGUGGAUAGUGGACAAGGAGCCAGAGAGAUCACUCGCGCGAGGCCACAUCCUGACCAUGUGGCGGGACGAUCACGUGAUAGGAUCUGGUCGUAUCUCCAAAGUGGACGGUCUCUCCCGCCACUGGGUCACGUUCCGCCUCGCCGGGGCACGUGACGGGCUGCGGGUCCGAGUCCCCGUGCCCUGGGCCGGCCUCAGCGGGUACGCAUCGCACACUCACACGUCACAAUACCACAUGCUCUCGCCGAUCCCCGAGCCCCACGUGCUAUUCAAAGACACCCCGCCCUUCGCAGAUCCGGAGUCCAACCCGUACCAAUUCGAACUUACGUGCGGGAAGGAGAUCAGGCUACGUGCCAAACUGGAAGCGUCAACACACAGGGAGGAGCCGAUGGAGGAACCCGUACAGAACUAA